UCCGAGCCGGGCAGACUUCAUCUUGCUGUUAGGCAGGCCCAGGAUGCCGGGGUCCUGGGGGCUGCUGUCCUUCCUGCUCUUGCAGAUGCUGAUGGUUGGGCUUCCGUUUUAUGUCCAGGCUGUGUUUGUCAACCGAUGUGGGAGUUCAAGGGUGUGUGAUUUUGUGUGUGACUGCUGGGAUUGUUCAGAUGAAAACCAGUGUGGCUAUCAGACGGCAUCGGCUCGGGGGGCUCCCUCCACCUGCAGCUUCGAAGGCACCACAUGUGGCUGGGAGGACAUCAGUACCACAGCCUACCGGUGGGACCCUGCCCAGGCCAGCAUCUCCCCCUGGGGGCUGGAGCCCCCUUUCGACCACACGCUGGGCACGGAUUCCGGCUGGUACAUGGCGGUUACAAAGCAGAGAGCGAAGCCCUCGGCCACGGCCCGGCUGCGGUCCCCCCUGUUGCGAGGAGCAGCUGCUUCCUGCGAGAUCCGAGCUUGGUAUCUCCUGUGGGGCUCAGGUCUUAACGAGACGCAGCAGCCUCUCCUGACCUUGGAGCUGAGCCAGGGAAACCACACCGUCCGCCUGUGGCAAAGCCCUGCAGGUGGCACCCACUCCUGGCAGGAGCUGGUGGCCUACACCGGUCACAUCCCGGGCAACUUCCAGGUCACCUUCUCCUCCACCCAGGGCUUCUCCUCCUCUGCACAGCUGGCGCUGGAUGAUGUGGAAUUCAGGAAUUGCGGCCUCCCACCUCCCCAGGCGUGUGGCGCAGAGGCCUUCCGCUGCCAGCAGGGCAGCUGCAUCGCCAUAGACCGGGUGUGUGACGGCACCGCAGACUGCAGGGGUGGUGAGGAUGAAGCCCAGGAGGAAUGUGCCUCCUCCACAGUGUGCUCCUUCGAGGAGGACUGGUGCCAGUGGACCCCCAACACUACUCUUCCCUGGCUGAGGAACUCCAGCCUCCACCUGGCCUCUCCGUCUCUUGGGCCCUGGAGGGAUCACAGCACCAACAGCCGGGAAGGCUUCUUCGUGUAUGUGGAGGCCCAGAAGCCGGAGCUGCACGAGGGAAGAGCUUGGCUGAGCAGCCCAAUGCUGGCCUCGGACGCCAACCAGUCCUGCUAUGUGAGUGACCUGAGCCACAGCUGGAGAGGCUCUUCUCUGGCCGAGGGCCUUGGAGGUUUCCCUCUGCUUGUGGUCAUAGCAGCCCCUUUGCCUCUCUCUCUUUUUCUUUAUAAAAUUCUUUUACCCUCCAGCCCUUGCCCCCCGGGGCAGUUUGCGUGUGACCAGGGCAAGCAAUGCCUCGACCUCCAGCUGCUCUGUAACUUCAAGGCCGAGUGCAAAGACGCCUCCGACGAGCAGCAGUGCGGAGGGACCGAUUUUGCCAAGGGCCCCGGGGGCUGGAUGGACAUCAGCGUGGGCCGCCUGCGAUGGACCACCAGCCGCCUCAGUUCUGUGGGGCCGGUUCUGAGUCUGCAGGGGGCCCCUGGGCAAAUGUUCUCCAUGGCACGGGCUGCUACCCCCGUGUUGGGCCCUUCUGGCUUAGGCUGUGUGCUGCAGAUGGACUUCACCGCGGGCCCAGAAGGCUUCCUCGCCCUUGCCAUUGCCGAUGGGAGCCUGGGCACCCGCUGGUGGGCUUGGUUUGCCAAGAGCAAUGGGACCGCUUCCUGGGCAGAAGCCACGGUGCGCCUGGGCGCAAGGAAGAGGCCCUUCCAGCUUGAGCUGCUUGCCAGGGCUGAUCUUGAUGGCCCCUGGGGGGCCCUGCCACUUGCGGUCAGCAAUAUCUCCUUUGUGAACUGCAGCGCUGAAGCCCCAGCCUCAGCCCCCCAGGCAGGGCUCUCCUGCAAUUUCGAGACCGGCUGGUGCAGCUGGUCUUUGGAGCAGAACGAUGGCUUUGAAUGGAGGCUGAGCAGAAGCCGGAGAGGGGCCGCGGACCACACCACAGGCACAGGCUCCUUCCUCCUUGCGGAGCCUGGUGGGGCCUGGAACCCAGGCAGGCGCGCCCAGCUCAUUUCUGCUCCCCAGGUGGCAGCUGCUGCCUCUUCUGCCACUGUGGAGGCCUCCUGCCUUUCCUUCUGGUACCGCAUGGAAGGACCCCAGAUUGGGACCCUGGCCCUGAAAGUGAAGGCGGCUGGAGAACCGGAGCGGGUGCUUUGGACCAGGAGGGGCAGCCACGGGGCAGUUUGGCAUCAAGCCUCCUCCUCCAUUUCCCCCAAGCCUGGCCAGAAUUACCAGGUGAUCUUUGAGGCUCUUCGGGAUGGCUUCCUGGGCAGCGUAGCUUUGGAUGACCUCACGGUGACCCCUGGGGACUGCCCGGCCCAGAGGCACUGCUCCUUCGAGGCCGACGAAUGCAGCUUCUCAGCCGCCAAGCAGCAAGCGUGGCAGCGGCAGAGUGGCGCCGGGGGCGGGGGCCCUCCCGUGGAUCACACCCUGGGCGAGCUGAGAGGGCAUUACCUGAUCCUCCGCACUGGUGCAGACCGCCUCCCUUUGGGCCAGGUGACCGUCCUGCGCUCUCGCGCCUUCCCUCCUCUGCUGCGCACCCACUGUGUCUCCUUUUGGUACCACCUAAACGGCAGUGAGCCAGGAUCCUUGACUGCUUACGUGAAGGAGGAAGAGGGGAAGGAAGAGGGAGCAGAGGCAGGGAUGCUCAGCCCGGACCCGACACAGGGGGCAGCCUGGCGGUACGGCAGCUUUGUGGCAAAAGUCCGCAGGAGAUGGCAGGUGGCCUUCACAGUGACAGGCGCUGGUGGAGAGCCAACCUCUUACAUCGCCCUUGAUGACAUCUCUGUGAAGGAAGGCAACUGCUCUGAACCAGGCUCUUGUGACUUUGAGUCAGGUCCCUGUGGCUGGAGCAAGCCUCACGGAGACGGCUACAGCUGGGACUGGAAGGAAGCAGCCACGCCGUUGCGCUCCCCAUCUCCCGAGGAAGACCACACCCUCGGCACCAGGGCAGGUCACUAUGCCUACGUUGACCUGGCAGUGCUGAGCUUGGGGAAGACCGCUGCACGCCUGGCGAGCGAGCCCCUGGCACCCACCACGGGCUCCUGCCUGAGCUUCCACUACCACAUGGACUUCCUUGGCCACAGCUCUCCUGCAGAGCUCAGAGUGAGGCUGACUGGGGCGCAGGGAGAAAGGGUCAUCUGGAGCGCCAGAGGCCAUCAGAGCCGGACCUGGAUGAACAGAACGCUCCUGGUGACCAGCCCCGUGGAGUUCCAGAUCGUCCUGGAGGCCAGCAGCGGAGCCUGGGAAAGCUCAGGGGUGAUUGCGCUGGACGAUCUCCACUACACAGCUGGGCCGGACUGUGCCUCUCCCCAGGCAGGCCCAGCGGAAGAGAGCAGCAGCAGCAGCAGCAGCUCUCUCCCAGUGUCGACCAUCGCUGGGGUGGCUGGUGGGGUGACCGUCCUGUUGCUGCUGAUCGCGGCCGCCUAUUGCCUGUGGAAGAGGAAGGGCAGUGGGGAAAGGAUGGAGGAGGAAGACGGCAACGGGCCCAGUUUUGACAACAUCACAUUUCGAGAUGACAGAAUCAUCCUGACCCAGAUGGCUCCUGACCCAGCAACGUCCUAGGCCGGCCCCUGCCUUCCCUGCAUCAGCCUCUGGCUCCGGAGGGACACCCGCAGCGACUGCAAUAAAGGGGGCAUCCUUGAGACACG